AAUGUGAGGAGGAAGCAAUUCACAGAAUUGUGAUGUUUCUUCACACCAAUCCUGGGGGGUUUGUGGUGGGGAGGACACACCCCCUUGAAGCUGCCGCUCCUGACGUCAAUCCCCCUCCCCGGAUUUCCAAAUAAGAAAUCACCAUCGUUCAGGAGAGCGGGCAGAAGCAGGGUUUGCUUGGCUCCAAGGCUGAGCAGCUAGAGAGAAGGGAAGGGGUGCCGAGGGGCUUGGAAGCCUGCCUGGGUCUCACCCUGGGGGCCACUCCACCCCAAUUCCUCCCCUUGAAGUCCUGCUUGGAUUCGGAAGCCUUUGGCCAGGAAGACGCUGAGAAAAGCCGGCUCCUUUCAGCACCGGCAGGACCGGACAGCAGGGCUCUGGCUGCAGGAGAUGGAGCUGUCCACCCUCCCCGGUGCUGAAUUCUACCCCGGUUUCCUCUCCAACUCCACGCUGCAGGAUUUCCUCGCCGGUUCCCCAUUCCCGUCCAACACCACCGACCCACCUCCCCGGAAAAACUCGACCUCCAUCGUCAUCGCCAUCGCCAUCACGGCCCUGUAUUCCGUGGUCUGCGUGGUGGGGCUGCUGGGCAACAUCCUGGUCAUGUACGGCAUCGUCAGGUACACCAAGAUGAAGACGGCCACCAACAUCUACAUCUUCAACCUGGCCCUGGCCGACGCCUUGGCCACCAGCACCCUCCCCUUCCAGAGCGCCAAGUACCUGAUGGAGACCUGGCCUUUUGGGGAGUUCCUCUGCAAGGUGGUCCUCUCCAUCGACUACUACAACAUGUUCACGAGUAUCUUCACCCUCACCAUGAUGAGUGUCGACCGAUACAUAGCCGUCUGCCAUCCGGUCAAAGCCUUGGAUUUCCGGACUCCCGCGAAAGCAAAGUUAAUCAACGUUUGUAUCUGGGUCCUCUCCUCCGUCAUUGGGGUGCCAAUCAUGAUCAUGGCCGUCACCAAGUCCGAUGGCAACGUGGUGAUGUGCCUCCUCCAGUUCCCCAAGCCCCAGAUCUACUGGGACACGGUCACCAAGAUCUGCGUCUUCAUCUUCGCCUUCUUGGUGCCCAUCUUGGUCAUCACCAUCUGCUACGGACUCAUGAUCCUCCGCCUCAAGAGCGUCCGGCUGCUCUCGGGCUCCAAGGAGAAGGACCGCAACCUGCGCCGGAUCACGCGCAUGGUGCUGGUGGUGGUGGCGGCCUUCAUCAUCUGCUGGACGCCCAUCCAGAUCUUCGUCAUCGUCUGGACCCUGGUGGGCAUCGACAAGGGGAACCCCUACGUGGUGGCCAGCCUGCACUUCUGCAUCGCCCUGGGAUACACCAACAGCAGCCUCAACCCCGUCCUCUACGCCUUCCUGGACGAGAACUUCAAGCGCUGCUUCCGCGAGUUCUGCCUCCCCUUCCCGCAUGGAGCGCGCAUGGAGCAGAGCAGCUUCAGCCAGGCCCAGAACACCACCCGUGAACGCGUCUCCACUUGCACGCCCUCCGAGGUCCUCAACAAGUCGGCAUGACUAGACGUGGGGGGCUCCGCGGGGCGCAGAGGAGAGGACCUGCAUUCGGAGGUGACCCAAGUCACCACCACCGAGUUCUAGACGCCGAGGAGGAGGCACUCCGUUCCCAAUCUCCAAGCUUGGACUUCCUCAGAAUAACCAAGGGUUGGACUACAUGGCCCAUGCGCCUCUUCCAACUUCACAAUUCUAUGAACUGCCCAUGCCAUGGAAUGUGGGAAGAUCCUGUCCAUGUCCAGCUAGAAAUGGAGACAUGAGUGUAGACUUGCUACAAAUAAGAGCAUUUUGGGUUUGAGGUGGUCUCUCAAAAUCAACUACGACUGGACGGAAUGCUUUUCUUUAAGGUUUGGAUUUCAUGUAUAGUUAGAGCCAAAAAUGUAAACAAGACCACAAGUCACCACCACGGAGUUCUAGCCGCCGAGGAGGAGGCACUCCGUUCCCGAUCUCCAAGCUUGGACUUCCUCAGAAUAACCAAGGGUUGGACUAGAUGGCCCAUGAGCCUCUUCCAACUUCACGAUUCUAUGAACUGUCCAUGUCCAGCUAGUGCGGAUUUCCUACAAAUAAGAACAUUGCAGGUUUGAGGUGGACUCUCAAAAUCAACUACAACUGGAUUGAAUGCUUUUCUUUAAGGUUUGGAUUUCACGUAUAGUUCAAUCUGAAAAUGUAAACAAGACCACAAGUCACCACCACGGAAGACACUCCGUUCCCAAUCUCCAAGCUUGGACUUCCUCAGAAUAACCAAGGGUUGGACUACAUGGCCCAUGCGCCUCUUCCAACUUUACGAUUCCAUGAACUGCCCAUGCCAUGGAAUGUGGGAGGAUUCUGUCCGUCUCCAGCUAGAAAUGGAGACAUGAGUGCGGAUUUCCUACAAAUAAGAGCAUUUCGGGUUUGAGGUGGUCUCUCAAAAUCAACUACGACUGGACGGAAUGCUUUUCUUUAAGGUUUGGAUUUCAUGUCUAGUUAGAGCCAAAAAUGUAAACAAGACCACAAGUCACCUCCACGGAGUUCUAGACGCCGAGGAGGAGGCACUCCGUUCCCGAUCUCCAAGCUUGGACUUCCUCAGAAUAACCAAGGGUUGGACUAGAUGGCCCAUGAGCCUCUUCCAACUUCACAAUUCUAUGAACUGCCCAUGCCAUGGAAUGUGGGAAGAUUCUGUCCAUUUCCAGCUAGAAAUGGAGACAUGAGUGCAGAUUUCCUACAAAUAAGAGCAUUUCAGGUUUGAGGUGGACUCUCAAAAUCAACUACAACUGGAUUGAAUGCUUUUCUUUAAGGUUUGGAUUUCACGUAUAGUUCAAUCUGAAAAUGUAAACAAGACCACAAGUCACCACCACGGAAGACACUCCAUUCCUGAUCUCCAAGCUUGGACUUCCUCGAAAUACCUAAGGGUUGGACUAGAUGGCCCAUGUGCCUCUUCCAACUUCACAACUCUAUGAAUUGCCCAUUUCAUGGAAUGUGGGAGGAUUCUGUCCAUUUCCGGCUAGUGCGGAUUUCCUACAAAUAAGAGCAUUUCAGGUUUGAGGUGGACUCCCAAAAUCAACUACGACUGGACUGAAUGCUUUUCUUUAAGGUUUGGAUUUUACGUAUACAGUAGAGUCUCACUUAUCCAACAUAAACGGGCCGGCAGAAAGUUGGAUAAGCGAAUAUGUUGGAUAACAAGGAGAGAUUAAAGAGAAGCCUGUUAAACAUCAAAUUAGGUUAUGAUUUUACAAAUUAAGCACCAAAACAUCAUGUUAUACAACACAUUUGGCAGAAAAAGUAGUUCAAUACACAGUAAUGCUACGUAUUAAUUACUGUAUUUACAAAUUUAGCACCAAAAUAAUAAUAAUAAAAUAAUAAUAAAACUUUAUUUAUAUACCGCCCUAUCUCCCGGAUGGGACUCAGCGCGGUUUCCAAUCAUAAAAACAACACAAACAUUACAUAACAAACAUAAUAACACAUUAUUAAGCAAAGUAAAAAUACAAUUAUAGAAAUAAAUAACACUUACAUGACCUGAUCAAGGGGAUGGGAACCAUAAACCCAAUAUAUUAAAAUGUAUCAUUUUAAGUUAGAGAAAUCUUGUGCAAUAUAUUCAGGCCCAGAAAUCGGCGGUAUUCCAAUGUAAUUACUGAAAACCUAUAUCAAAAUAUCACGAUGUAUUGAAAACAUUGACUACAAAAAUGCGCUGGAUAAUCCAGAACGUUGGAUAAGCGAAUGUUGGAUAAGUGAGACUCUACUGUAGCUAUAUCUGAAAAUGUAAACAAGCCUGUUGCUCUGCUGCUUAUUAUACCCACCAGCGUUUGUUCCGUUGCUUCCGACAUUCAUUAUUUCCUCGGUAUUUGAAUACCGGAAUUUUGAGCAGAUGAGUCAGGUCGGUUGAAGCCUCCAAAGAAGCACCAUCUCUUACAUAAUAAAGUUAUAAUUCCUUUUUUUUUUAAGCAAUUAACUUUCCAAUGACUACAAAAUUAAAUUCAGAAUAAAUAUCAGAAUUUCUUUUGCCUGUUUCAAGAAGAAACACCGGAAGUCUUAAAACCAAGGGUGUAUAUUUUUCAACACAAUGCGGAACAAACUGCGUAGCAUCCUGUAUCCUUCGUUGCUCCAUCGUACCAAAGGGACACAUUUUGAGCCCACGGGUUCACAUCCAUGUUCUUCACUCGUGAUAGCACAAUGGACCUUCCUUGUUUUUUGGCUUUUCCGGGCCAUUCUGACUCUGAACUCCUCUGGGACCCAGACGCAAUCUUGACGUGUGUUCAGGACCACCAGCAAAGAACGAAGCCAAUGCCUCAUUGGACAGACGAACCUGGGAACAAUGCUCCAGAGUCACUCAGGUGGCAAUUCCUGUGCAAACAGGCCUGGGACAUGAGGGUUGAAUGAAAAGUAAUGCCUCCACCUUCGUAACUCCUCAACCAAUAGCGGUCCUGGUAUGCAGAAGAUACUGGCUUGUUCAGUAGACUCUCCUCUACAGUUCCAUUUGCUGGGAAGCCUUAGCAUUGAACAGUUGUGUUGUUAAAGUGUGAAGUAUGGAACCCUGUGCAGACGGAUUCCAUUUGGAGGGAAGCCUUCGCAUUGAACGGUUGUGUUGUUAAACUGCGAAGUAUGGAACCCUGUGCAGAUGGAGAAGCCUUAGCAUUGAACGGUUGUGUUGUUAAAGUGAGAAGUAUGGAACCCUGUGCAGACGGAUUCCAUUUGGAGGGAAGCCUUCGCAUUGAACGGUUGUGUUGUUAAACUGCGAAGUAUGGAACCCUGUGCAGAUGGAGAAGCCUUAGCAUUGAACGGUUGUGUUGUUAAAGUGAGAAGUAUGGAACCCUGUGCAGACAGAUUCCAUUUGGAGGGAAGCCUUAGCAUUGAACGGUUGUGUUGUUAAACUGUGAAGAAUAGAACCCUGUGCAGAUGGAGAAGCCUUAGCAUUGAACGGUUGUGUUGUUAAAGUGAGAAGUAUGGAACCCUGCACAGACGGAUUCCAUUUGGAGGGAAGCCUUCGCAUUGAACGGUUGUGUUGUUAAAUUGUGAAGUAUGGAACCCUGUGCAGACGGAUUCCAUUUGGAGGGAAGCCUUCGCAUUGAACGGUUGUGUUGUUAAAGUGUGAAGUAUGGAAUCCUGCGCAGAUGGAUUCCAUUUGGAGGGAAGCCUUCGCAUUGAACGGUUGUGUUGUUAAAGUGUGAAGUAUGGAAUCCUGCGCAGACGGUCAGUCAAUGCGACUUAAGCAACGUGCCAUCUGUUGAGGAGUUACGAAGGUGGAGGCAUUACUUUUCAUUCAACCUCAUAAGUGACUGAGACCUGUGUGUACGUUUCUGUGGAUGGGAAGCUUCCUUUGCACCAACCUCAAAUUAUUCCCAUAGUGGGGAUGUUUUUGGCUCCUUCAAUAGGCCUUUGGUUGGCUGCUUUGGUGUGCACUUUUUCUAUAAGAUUCGUGUAUUCUUCUGCUGCUUUGGUGUGUACACUUUCGGUAAGACUCGUGUAUUCUUCUGCUGCUUUGUUGUGCACAUUUUCAAUACUUACAACUCCUAUAAAUCAAGGUGAAUUCUGCCCAAACCUCUCUCUCUGGUAUGUUCAGUUGCUGAUCAGUCCCUCUGUUUGCUGUGCGCAUAGAAAGGAAUAGGAAAGGGUUAUGGGAGAGGCAGUGGGCGGGGUCAUGCAAAUUCCUGCGGACCAAGUUUAGUUCAAUUCCAUCCUUGGUGGAGUUCAGAGUUCUCUUUGAUUGUAGGUGAACUAUAAAUCCCAAAUGACAAAAUCAUUAAAAUACAUCCUGCCUAUCAGGUAUUUACAUUGCGAUUCCUAACAGGAGAAAAAUGACAGUUAUGAAGCCGCAACAAAAAUAAUGUUAUGGUUGAGAAUCACCACCACAUGAGGAACUGUCAUAAGGGGCCGCGGCAUUAGGAAUGUUGAGAACCACUGAUGUAAUGGCACACAGGUAACUCAGCUGUUAGACUGAAAAACCAUAAAAUAAUUUUAUGAUUGGAUGGUCACCACCACAUGAGGAACUGGAUUAAGGGGCCGCGGCAUUAGGAAGGUUGAGAUCCACUGUUGUAAUGGCACACAGGUAACUCAGCUGUUAGACUGAAAAACCAUAAAAUAAUUUUAUGAUUGGAUGGUCACCACCACAUGAGGAACUGUCAUAAGGGGCCACGGCAUUAGGAAGGUUGAGAACCACUGAUGUAAUGGCACACAGGUAACUCAGCUGUUAGACUGAAAAACCAUAAAAUAAUUUUAUGAUUGGAUGGUCACCACCACAUGAGGAACUGUCAUAAGGGGCCGCGGCAUUAGGAAGGUUGAGAACCACUGAUGUAAUGGCACACAGGUAACUCAGCUGUUAGACUGAAAAACCAUAAAAUAAUUUUAUGAUUGGGGGGUCACCACCACAUGAGGAACUGGAUUAAGGGGCCGCGACAUCGGGAAGGUUGAGAAACGCUGCUUUAGGAUGUGCCAAAUUCAGAAAAAGCACCUUUAAGAUGCCCAACGGAGCGCCUUUGAAGGAAAAAAUGCAAAAAUGUAUCCUUGGCUUCAAUGGUGACCAUCUCCUGUACAUUUGAAAAGGUAAUUUUUUUUAAAAAAAAUUGGAAAAAUAAAUAAAAGAAUGGUCCUAUAACGAA